AUGUCAAGCAAAGAAGAUAUCAAAGUCGAGUUAGUAAGUUAUAAGCCUACUGAUGAAGAGAAACUCGUCAUUCGUUCUGCCUUGUUUAACUUCAUAACCUUGGCAACUGUGGGUGCUGCUUCAUUAGGAAUGUCUGCUCGUCUUUGGGCUAAGUCAAGAACAACACCUUUAAAACCUAGAACUGCCAUCCCAACCAUCUUGGGAACUUUUGCCGGUUUAGCAUUUGGCGGUGCACUUGGUAUGGAUAGAGGCAUGCAUCGACUUCGCGAAUCACUUCCCAGAGACUCUCACCUGUUGACGAUUAUUCAUGAAAACGAUAAAUUAAAGCAGCAGCGACAAGAAACCUUAUUCAGUGGACCAAUCGAUGAGGAGUCUACUGAUAGUACGAGUCUCUUCCACAACAGCAAUUAG